UAAUGUGUACAUUUUUCAGAGAAAAAAAUAAAAUCGUACUGCAUUGAGAAUCUAAGCCAGAAAACGCAAAAAUGCAGCUCCAUAAUAUAUUUUUGUUCGGAAUUAUACUACUGGUAACAACAAAAGUAGACGUAUAUGGAAUCAACUUGGCAUCGACUGACGAAUCAGCACAAUAUAUGGUAUCACCUGUUGAUGCAAAAUUUGGUAUCAAUUCAUCACUUCAAUUACCCACCAGCGUGAACAGUUCUUUUUAUGGAUACGAUUUCAAAAUAAUUGUCAAUAGCGGAGGAAAUAUCAGCAUGUUGAUUGGAUCUCCAAAAAUGAUAGAUCCUGCCUCUAUAAAUUUGCAGAUAUCUGGAAGCACAAACAAAACGGAACAAAUUGAGCCAAAAGGAAGUAUUCACGUUUGCCAACUUGAUGAGACGAUUUUUCAAGGGAUAUCACCUAAAUGUACCUACAGUAAUCCCAGACAGUCCAAAGCAGGAGACAAUUUUGGGAUAUCAAUACCGACAACGGUUUCGGAAAAUAUCACGUCAUGCUCGAUAACUCGAAUGCAAGAUGAUUGCGGAAAUUUCACCUACACGCCGGGAUUUUGUUUCAAAUCAAACAACUUUGGUUUAACGUGGGAAAAAGAUAGAAGAACCAAAAAGCUUGAAUGUCCAAUACGAAAUGUCGAACUUUUAUUUGUCUUGGAUGGAUCUGGAUCCGUUGGGGAGAAAAAUUUCCCGAUAGUCAAGAACUGGGUAAAGACUAUAACUGAAAAAUUAAACAUUGACAAAGGUGUAGUAACAGUUGGAGUAGUUCAAUAUUCAUAUUAUUAUGAGAAUAAAGAUAUUCAGGAUCAACCCCAAAUCAAAACGUAUAUCAAAAUAGGAGAGUACACCAACUACCAAUCUUUUGCUGUGAGUAAAAAAAGAUUUUAUUGAGUAGGAAUAUUAAUUUAAUUUGAUCUGUAAAUGUGCAGAUUAUCUCCCCAUGAUUUCCCCCUCGACCGUUAGCGGGAAGAAAAAAAAAACAAGAUGGCAGUGAUUCGAAAUUUUGCUCCGAACCGAUUCGAAUAAUUCACUAUUCGAUUCGAAAUGCCCAGCCCUAGUUAUACCCAGUGGUGGAACACAAAAUUUUAGGAACAGUAUUUAGUUUUUAUGGAACUUACCAACAACGGCUUCCGCCAUUUCAGAAAAUGUGUAUGUGUCCGUCCCUAUGUAAGCUACAUUACCAUGACACUGUGACCUAUUUCGGGCGGCAUAUGGUAACCUCUCAAAGACGUGGUUCUACCGAUCGUGCACUUUAUUCACAUCAAACUAGUGGUUCCUAAUCGUUUUUCCAAGCACCAAAAUUGAAAAAAAAAAAAAUUCAGGAAAUCUCGCGACUAUAGGAUAUGGUCAAAUACUAGGCGGUAUAUAAUGAUUAUGGCUUGAAGGUUCUACUUCAAUAACAACAGAUGCCAAGUUUUUACGUUAUGAUACUUCCCACAUCUACAGUUACUAUUGAGCAACACUUCAAUACUAAUAUAAUAUAAAAAUUUACUAGAAAACGAAAGCGGUUAUUCUUAAAUUUUGUUGAGAAAACAAGUGACCCAUAAAGUGAGGAACGAUAUAAGUAGCUUACAAUAUUCAUGGUUUCAGCGACCAAAAAAUAUUUUAUUCUAUGAUCAUUUUUUGGCGCUCCAGAAGUAUGUGCACCAAGAUGGCGCACAACC